CGCCGAUCCAACUUCAUUCUGGCCGAUCAUGGUCUUCUGCGCUGAGUGCGGAAGCCGAUUUGACGACGACACGGCGCGCUUCUGCGCCGAAUGCGGCAGUCCUCGCGAAAUGAUCGAGCCUUCGCCUCCUGUGGUUACUCCCGUGACCACAACCCCUUCACCAGCUCCCUUUGCAACAUCGUCAUCAUCCUUUCGGCAACACCCAACAACACUUGCGAGUGCCCCCAUGAACGCCCCACCUCCCGUGCAAACUGCAGCACCUGUCCAUGCAUACCAGUCAUUGCCGUCGGUUGCUGUUUCGCCAUCGAAUUGCUCUGCAUGCGGUACGCCUUACGUGGAUGCUACCGAACGAUUCUGUGGCGACUGUGGCCAUCCUCGCUCGCUCCCCCCUGCAACGCCUGCCGCUGCGCUUAUUGACGACGACGAGGAUUUGUUUGGUGCACCACCUUCUUCGGAGCCCGCUCUUGCGUCGCAGUCACCGACACAACCUGGGGAUUUUCCGCAAGCUACAGCUUCUCCAACUGCCCCAGCUGCAGAUACAACGCCGAAACUCGGCAACUACCCCGGUGCGGCCCUCGUCGCUGCUCAACUUGCUGGACUUACCGUGAGAUCAACCAAAACCAACGCACCAGUUGUGGACGUGCACGGAAGCGGCGUCGGCAUCUCGGUCCAAGACGUUGUAUCUGCCCGGGACAUGGACACUCUUCCAAUUCGCCAAGCCAUUUCCACGGGGUUCGAGCACAAUCGCACGCGGCCAUCGCAAGUAAACUCGCAUUUCCACUCGACUCAAGUGACUCCACAAUGCACCGUUCAUGACAACAUUCAAGUUCAGUCGCAUGAGGAAGCAUUCUACUCCAAGCGAACGUUGCCCGACUCGACGGAAUGGACGAACGUCCUGCGCCAGCAUCGUCAGGCACAGACUCAAUUUACAGACCCUGGCUUCCCCCCAACGCUGACUUCGUUGUACCGCGACCCGGCCCAUCCGAUAACCCCUCCAGGAACGACGCCCCUCGACUCGGUCGUGUGGAAGUGGAAGCGCAUCUCGGACUUCUUCUCGCACAAUGCUUACGUCGAAGUGUCCAUCCUGGAUGACGACAAGAAGCUCGUGUGUGGCAUUGCGAUGAAGUCGCAAGCGGAAGCCGAAACUAUGAUCGAAACGAUCCGGCAAUCGGGACAGUCGGUCGACGCACGGUUUCUCCUGCGCGCAACGGACACCGUGUCCGCUGCGCUGCACAAAAAGCGCGCCGACCACUUUUUGAAUUUGACCAAGGCGCUGAUCGAGUCCAUGCAAGAGUACGUUGACAACGGUGUGACCAAGUUCGACCUCCUCUGGCAAAAGAGCCUCGUCGAGGCCCACAAACCGCUCGUGUUUGCUGGAGUGGGCACGCCUUACGGCUAUCGCUUGGACGGGUUUGGAAACGCUGUCUCCAAGGUCCAAGUGCUUGUCCCGAUUCAAUUUCAAGCGCAGCAAGUGUGCUUGUUUGACCGGGAAGCGACGUCGAGUGGCGGUGGUGCGCUGUGUAAACCUGGCCGGCUUGCGGAUGGCUACCUCUUUGGCGCGAUCUCGAUGCUGUCGACGUCCCCCACCGCGUUGUCGCAGCUAUUCCCACGCCUCACUGGGGAUUUGGUGCAGCCGCACAUGGCAUGGCCCGCACCGCACGAACUCGAGCAGCAGUACAACGACGAAGGAGUGUACUGCGUUCGAUUCUGGCGCAACCACAAGAGUUACUUGGUUGUGGUGGACGACUACAUUCCGUGUGGCCACAACGGCAAGCCCGUGUUUGCGUCGUUCACGGGCUCGAUUUCUCGGUUUGAAAUCUGGUCGAUGAUUGUGGAAAAAGCAUACGCCAAGUUAUACGGCGGCUACGACGUCAUUGUCGGUGGCCAGGACGUGUUUGCCCUGCAAGACUUGUUUGGUGGCCUUCCAUCGUCGUUCCCAACCACCGAGCUGGGUGGUACCGACGACAAUGCUGCAUUCACUCGCUUAAGCCAGGCGCUUCAACGAGGCAACUUGGUCGGGUUCAUCAACACCGGGCACCACACGACAACCAUGCCGCUAGGGCUCAAAUCUGGCCACACGUACGGUCUCGUCAAGUUGGUGCAAGUGCUGGCGCAAGGUCGUUUGCACACCGUCGUUCAGUUGCGAAAUGUGUGGGCCGACGUGUCCGAUCCGGCGUCCAUGGCUGGUGGUGUGCCUUGGGCUCGAGGCGGGGCAGAAUGGAAACAGUGUUCGCUCGACCAAAAACAACGCGCGGGGUACCAACUGGCCGACGACGGCACGGUGUGGCUGGACCUGCCGACCGUCGUGGCGUCGUUUUCGACCGUGCUCGAGUCGAAAAACGUGUACCAGUUUCCAUCGACAGUCCCAAGCGAGAUCGACACGGUGCCGCUGUUUGUGCACGUGAUCUCGAGCGCGUGGAAAGGUCUGACGUGUGGUGGCCGCGAAGCGAUCCAUUUGAACCCGCAGUUUCAAUUCACGUGCGCUGAAUCGACGGCGCUCUUGGUGCACUUGGAGCAGCCAUGCCGCCGGGUCAACAUGCAAGCGGACUAUCCAUGCUACGUGUCGCCCGUCGUCGUCGGGCACGCCGACGUUGGCCAUCGCAAACUCGACAUCGCCAAGGACGUGAUCGCGACCGGCACGUUUGUCUCCAACAGGAGCUGCCUCGUUGAAGUCCCGCUGCGUUCCGCGGGAACGAUCGCAAUCGUUCCCGCGACGUACGUCCCGUUCGAGACGACAUUUCAACUGGUCGUGGUGUCGACGCUGCCGCUCGCCAUUGGGUUUGUGUCGGAUCACGACAUUCCCGUCUGCUGCGUGUGCCGCCACCCGCUCCAAGGAUCGUACCGCACGUACACGUCAUCGAAUGGCGUCGCCGAGCAUGUGUGCCAAGGAGCGUGCGCCGACCAGUACCGAUCGGCGCAUGCGCCUGUGUGCGUCGAAUGUCAUGAGCGCAUUGAAGUCGUCGCCGGUCGGUUUUCGGGGCGGCUCUUUGCGCUGCCUGACGGAACGUCGUGCCACGCCGAAUGCAUGGACAGCUACCGCAUGCGCCAUGCCGAGAGCUGCGCCCACUGCCACUACGCUAUCGUCAAGAUCGAAGGAAAGUUUGACGGCAAGUUCUUUGCGCUGGACGACGGGAAGAAGGUGCAUGCCGAGUGCAUGGAAGCGUAUCAGGUAUCGAUAGCCAAACCAUGCCGCCACUGCGGCCUCCCGAUUGUCAAGGGCGGACGCUUUGACGGGCGGUUUUACCAGCUCGCGGCGUCGGAGGACCAGGUGCAUUUUGAGUGCUGGGACGCGUUCCAAGCCACCGCCGCCCCCAAGUGCCGCCAUUGCCACGACCCCAUUUUGAAAGUCGAGUCCAAAUUCGACGGUCGCUUCUACGACCUGAACGACGGAUCGGGCAAGGUGCAUUUUGAGUGCUGGGACGCAUUUCGUCAGCAAUCGUUGUGAGAUGGGAUGUGCUGCAGCGCGAACAGCGCGAACGUGGCGGCCAUUCCUCGACGAGUUGGAUGCAAGUAAUGUGCGAGACCCAAUCGAUGCGACACUUUUUCCAACUCGCCUCCAUUUCAUGGCGCA